AUUCCGUUUAUAGUUCGUGAUCGAGUAAUCGCAUCAAAACAAACGAUUCGUCUUUCGAAAGCCGCAAGUGUUUGGAAACAGUGAAAAAAAAUGACAAGUGAACUUAAUAAGUGGAACCCACCCGGAACUAUUGCUAUCAAGAAGACUAUUCGGAAGCAGCUUGAAACCUGCAACGGAGAUUUUGAGGCUGUUGCACACUACGGAAGGAUCAUACCAGGCGGUCGGAUUGCUUACGGAACGACGAUCGAAUUACAGGGGCGAGUGUAGCAGGAUCCAUCUAGACGUGAACGCGGACGGCUUUGUGAAGCUGCUGGACAUAGCUCUGGAUAACCAAAGUGAUCACGGGUAGGGCAACAAGAUGCGGCACCUUGUCGUGACGGCCGCCAAUUCGCAUUCUUACGACUUUAGCACUCCUCAUGGUUUGGCCUCCCAGGUCAACCCCAACCUCAACCCGAUGGACUAGUUCGUUGUAGGGCAUAGUUGAAAGGGAUACCAACCGAACGUUCUGCAACACAAUGAAAGAUUAGCGCCAGAAAUUAGGCCCGUUUUUUGCGGCCCUACCCAGGAGUAUGGUUGGUAGUCCGGGCUUGCUUCAGGUUCCGGAACUGGAUACAGGCGGUCAUCGAUGCCGAUGCACCCAUGCAUCGAAUAUGACCGCGGUUGACAUAUUCCCAGUUCUCAUCGAUGGAAGUCACUUCUCGGAUAUUAUCGACGUACGGACCUGCAGAGGAGCAAAUGUCGACUCAGACCAUUUCCUGGUUAUGGUAAAGCUACACCAAAAAAUCUGCGUAGCCAAUACGCAGCGCAAUCAGCCUACCCCAAGGCUCAGUACGGAUCUGAAGAGGGGCUUCGUGAUCGCGCUUGGGGAAGCGUUGCCGGAGGACACCACUACCGAGGCGAUGUCCCUUAAUGACCACUGGCGUAUGGUGGAACAAGCCAUCAGCGCCACGGCCGAGUGAACGACUGAGAAAGUAGCAGACCCGGCUCUUUCAGGACAAGAAACGCAGUUUCGAGGCGUCGGAUGAAGUAGUUAUCUCAGUCGGGGGAAUCUCGCAAGUUCUACAGGAUGCUGAAUGCGGCACGCAGCAGUUUUACACUCCUAUGGUCGCCAUAUGCUGCAACGCGGAUGGAGAUAUCCUGUCGGACGACCGAGAGGUGAUCAGCAAGUGGAAGUUGAUCGGAAGAACUACCAAACGAGUGGAAGCUGAGUGUCAUUCUCCCAGUGUACAAAAAGGGCGACAGAAUGGACUGUGCUAUCUUACUGUCUACAAGUUCCUGUCUCGCAUACUCUUCUGCAGUCUUGCACCCCUUGUUACAGAUUUCGUCGAAAGCUUCUAGCUGGAAGCUGGCUUCACCCGGUCUCUCCUAUUCCUUGGCUUCGCGGAUGACAUUCGCAUCAUCGGACGAACAUCUGCGCCGGUGUGCGAGGCGUACACCCGGCUGAAACGCGAGGCCGAUAGGAUUCGAUUGAGGAACAAUGCGACGAAGCCAAAGUACCUGCCUGCUGGAGGCUCUGACCGUGAUAGAGUACGACUCGGAAGCAGAGUAUUCGUUGACGGCGACGAUCGUGAGGUAGUAGAGGAGUUUUCCACAGACUCCUGAGAUCCUGGAAACUCCUGCAACGCACACUGAUACGGCUGGUAGUCCUUUACGGGCACGAGUUCUGGCGGAGGACUCCAAUGCACUCGACAUCUUCUUUGGCGGUGUGUGGAAAAGGAGGAUGAACCACGAGCUAGCAGAGUUGCCAUAGCCGGAAGGAUACGCUGGUUGGGGGCACGUGAUGAGGAUGACGGACGAGGCGUAGAGGAGCACAGCGAGCUCGUUGGCGGGAGGAGUGCAGCUAUGGACCGAGUCUCCUGAAAACGGAUUGGACACCAGGCCUUGUCUCUUAGACGUGUUCCAUAGGAGCAGGCCAAGAAAGAAGAAGCAGACCGAGAGGACCCUUAGCACGGACAAAUACCUGCGACACCCUCAGGCCCUUACAACCUUAAUGCGAGGCACCUAAAUCAAGGCGAGGCAAGAUCCCUCUCAGGAGUUCGCCCACUGUUGUAGGAAUGUAGUAGGAAUAACUGGGUGCUUUCACCACUGGAGAAGUCUCGUCAUCGACGGGGCCUCUGGCAGUAGUCUACUCCGUCAAUCCUCCACUGAUCCCUGGAUCUUCUUCAGCAGAAGAUGAGAGGAGAUUUCUCUUCUUACGGAACAAAAUGAUAUGCACUGUGACCAACCGCUUCGCAGAGUCCAUACAUGUAAAAAAAAAAUCAAAAUGGGGCCGAUUUUAACCAGUGAUCAAAUCUCAUCCAGACUUUUCGACGACGACAGUGCCGUAGCAGAAGUACGAAACGAAUCUGCGUACACCCUGGAAUUUCCCUAGCGUUGCCCUGUAACCGGGCCACAUUCACCAGCGAGCACCAGCUUCUUGUCUAGAUAACCCUGUUCUGUAGCGAUUGUGAGGGAACGCAGAAUUAAACUAUCCAUCAGGCAAAUCGAGACCAGUGCCGACGCUUCAGCUGGGUAAACAAACUCCGCACAUAUCCGCCCAGUCCGCCGAAUAUCUUCCCACCGAGCGUUAACCUUAAUUUCCGGCACACAACACGACAACAAUUCUGCCCCGCUCCGUGGGAUGCAAAUCACGGCGAGCAGGGCUACGUCAGCGGGGAGUAGGUGAGGAGACAACAAUCUGAUAGCGCGCGAGCCCUAUAAACACGGGGGGAGGGGAGCAGAUAUAUAUCUGGUGCACCAGAUGAUAACGAUCCCCUCAGCUGGUGAGAUUGGGAAGAAGCAAGGUGUGAGACGGGCGUCAUCUCGCCAUCGCUGUACCACGUGGAAGAUGCGCAGAUCAUUCGCCAGCCUGCGGGCACAAACAGCAACACACUGCUCGUGCGAUAGCGUCAGUACGGUGAUGUGCUUCGGUCCCGUAGUGCGUGAGCAACGAUGGCAGAGGAGGCAGAAGAAUUGCGUGCCCUGCGUGAGCAACCGGCACCACGUAUCGUCCCGUUCCAGGACGGUGAUAAAGAUGGCAGCUCGCCCGAUCCUAGCACGAAGUCUUCCUCCACCUGGAAGCAACAGCUGCUCGCCGGUUGCUCACCAACAAAGCGUCUGCCGAUCCUGUCCUGGAUACGAAGGUACGAGGUAGAGGACGCACUGUCCGAUCUGAUUGCCGGCGUUACGCUCGGGCUGACGAUGAUACCGCAGAGCAUCGCGUACGCGACGAUUGCUGGCCUCCCAUCACAGUACGGCCUGUACGCUGCGUUCAUGGGCUCGCUGGUGUACGUGUUCUGUGGUACGGUGCGAGAGGUGUCGAUCGGUCCUACGAGUCUGAUGUCACUGCUGACACUCCAGUACACGGCCGGUCGCCCGCUGCAGUACGUGAUCGUGCUCGCGUUCACCUCGGGACUGGUCGAGUUGGCGAUGGGCAUCUUUCGGCUAGGAUUUCUCGUCUGCCUCAUCUCCGUCCCGGUAACGUCCGCGUUCACCUCCGCUACAGCACUCAUCAUCAUCGGUGCCCAGCUCGGCAAUCUGCUCGGUCUUCCGCGUGCGUCCACCGACGGUGGUUUCUUCGCUACCGUUUGGAGCGUUUUGCACCGGUUGCCUGAUACCGCGCCCGGUGAUGCUACACUCGGCAUUGGCUGUAUGGUGAUCCUGAUCGCGCUGCAGUAUCUACCCCGGCUGGUACCUGCCGGCCGGAAUCGUCGACUCCAUCGCAUCCUGUGGUAUGUGUCACUGGCAAGGAAUGCUCUCGUGGUACUGCUGGCGACCCUACUCGCUCACCAUCUCUCCGACACGCCCGGCGGUGUUCCGUUCCGUCUAUCGGGACGUGUUGAGCCGGGAAUACCCACCUUCGAGUGGCCUGUGCAGGGAGUCACGGCCAACGGUACGACCACCACCUUCCUCGAAAUCACCGCCGAGCUGGGCAGUGGCCUUCUGCUGGUACCGCUCGUCGCUGUCCUUGCGAACGUUGCCAUCGCCAAAGCUUUCGCGGCGGAUGGUGGUGCCGUGGACGCAACGCAGGAGCUGAUUGCGCUCGGGCUGUGCAAUGUGAUCGGUGCGUGUUUCCGUGCCAUGCCCACCACCGGCGCCUUCACCCGUUCCGCCGUCAGCCAUGCCAGCGGCGUCCGGACGCCGCUCUCCGGGCUCUACUCCGCCCUGCUCACCCUGCUAGCGCUCGGCGUCCUCACGCCCUACUUCUACUACAUCCCCCGGGCAACGCUGGCCGCCGUACUGAUCGUCGCCGUCGCCUCCAUGCUCGAUCUAGCGCUCGUGCGUCGCCUGCCCCGGUCGCCCGCCUCCCUUGCCGACCUGCUCGCCUGGACGGUGUGCUUUGCGGUUUGCCUAGUUCGAGGCGUCGAGGUCGGUUUGCUGUGCGGGAUGGCGGUCAGCCUGCUCGAACCACUCCGGCACUGGGUGUGGCCGCGGGCCCAUUGCACCACGGACCCCUCCCACCGUCUCAUCCGACCGCACCUCGGUCUGCUGUACCCGGGCGUCGAUCGGUUGCGGGCGGUCGUGCUGGCCGAGGCACGCGCCCACCGUGCCCCGAUCGUGCUCGACUGUGCGCAGUUCGUUGCGCUCGAUUACAGUGCGGUCCGGGCGUUGCGCGAGCUAGCGGAUGAGGUAGAACGGCUCGGGGGCACACUGAGGUUAGCAAACGUUCGGGCAACGUGGCAGCAGGCGCUCCAGCUGCACGAAACCACCGACCACCCCGCCGGUACCUGGGUGUUUCGCCGGCCGGAGGGAAGUGCACCACCGGUGGUUGCACAACAAGCUGCCAUGAAGGACAUGGCACAAAAACCCGCUAGUUCGAUGAUGUCGCCAUCGCCGCCGUAAAGUAUGCAGCCUGCAUGGCGCAAUGCAAAUUAUCGCGUCGCCUGAAAGUAGGCAGCCCGCUGGACAAAAAUCGUAGUCUAGAUCUGCUAGUGUCAAUCAAAGAGAGAGAGCGAGAGAGAGAGAGAGAGAGAGAGAGAGAGAGAGAGAAAUAAACUCAUUUAGAAGACUUUUUUUCUCGUGGCUAUGGUGAUCUAGUUGGGUUAGGCUUAGCUAGAGACUUCGAGUCAGGGUCGAUUGCAGCAAACGAUGAGCGCAAUUCUCGUUGCCCCAAGAAUGCGGUUAUCAAACAGAAGAAGAAGAAGAAAAAACCAGAUCCCUCUCCACACCUUCCCACCACUGCUCCCACCUCACCCCAAGGUUAAGGAAAGCCUCCCCCUUCACCAUUGCAAUGUGUUGUGCAUGUGCAGCGAAAAAAAAAGGGGUAGGGAGAGACAUUAGAAAGAAGCGAAGAAAGCAUGGCCAGCAAAACGAGGGGCCUACAUCUACGCAACCGUUGAAUUACGAUGCGCGCGCUAGCUGGAAUGCAUAUGUGCAACCCUGCGCAUGGGGUGCAUGAUGGAAACGAUCGGACAGAUAUGGAGCCUCUCUCUCUCUCUCUCUUUCCCCAUCUUUCCCACUCUCACUCUCAGCACUAAUUCGAAUGCACUUUCGGCACAUCGAUUGGUGAAUGCAGUUGCAUUACGAGUGAGUCGCUUCGUCUUCUAUUUGGUACAAUUAAAAGCGAAACAAGUCUGCCGCUGCAAG